GUACGAGUUGAGGCGUCCACCUGACGGGCUGUGGGGCGUCGGCUACCCCAACGGCACGUGGGUCGGCCAGCUGGGCAUGGUGAUGCGCGGGGAGGUGGAUUUCGCCCUGGGUCCCUUCGCCUUCAACUGGGAGCGUUACCACUACGCGUGCGAGUUCACACAGCCCAUCUUCAUCGACUACGAGAGUGUGUUCAUGCGGCGGCCUAGGAUUGAGACGGACUACUUCGCCUUCGUGCGGCCCUUCAGGUGGGAGGUGUGGCUAAGUCUGCUGGGCGCCGUGGGCCUCACUUGGCUAGUGUUGGUUCUGUUUCUUCACCUGGGCGGACGUGACAAGAACAGGGAGAAGAGCCACAAAGACAGAUCGCAUUGGGUAUGGGUUGUGCGGACGCUGGCCAACCAAAGCAACCCGUGGCUGCCAGCGAGCGGGAGUCGGCGCGUGGUGACUGCCGCCUGGCUGCUGGCCUGCUUCAUCGUCCUCGUCUCCUUCUCCAGCACCCUCACCGCCAUGCUCACCGUGCCUCUGGUGCGGCUGCCCAUCGACAGCAUCGAGGACCUGGUGGGACAGACCAAGAUCCCGUGGGCCAUCGAGUCCGGCAGCUUCUUCUACCAGAUCCUCUACCUGGCCAAGGCGGGCCUGUACAAGAUGAUCUGGGACGGCCACUCCGCGCGCAUCACCGACUGCUACACCUUCAGGCGGGACAUCGGCGACGGCAAGUACGCGGCGAUCUGCGACAAGAUGACCAUGAAGAAGGUGAUGUCGGAGGACUUCAGCGUGAGAGGGGAAUGCAACUACUACAUGGCUCGCGAGGACUUCAAGGCCAUGCCGCUAGCCCUCGCUUUCCAGCACCAGCAUCCGCUCUACUCCGAGGCCAACCUGCGGUGGGUGACGAACACGGGUCCACAGACAGGCAGAAUGGGAGGGAGACAGGCAGGCAGGUAGGUAGAGAGAACAACAAGCAGGAAGGCAGGCAGAGAGCGGCGAGAAGGCAGGUAGGCAGACAUAGAGAACGGAGAACAGGAUAGCAAGCAGGAAGGCAGAGAACGGCAAGUAGGAAGGCAGGCAGACAAAGAAUAGGAAGGAAAAGAUUAUAUGUUAGAAUCAAGAGGGGGGAAACUCACCUAAGGGACAGUUACAACGAUUUAGCCAGAACAAUUAAGAAAAGCAUCCGUAUAGCAAAACGUAAUUAUGAGAUUAGAAUUGUCAGGGAAGCAAAGACCAAUCCAAAGGGUUUCUUUCAACUUAUGAGACCAAGGUUAGGGAUAAGAUAGGGCCGCUCAAGUCAGGAGAAUCACUGAUAGAUACAGAUGAGGAAAUGAGUGAGGCGUUAAACAAAUAUUUAACUGUAUUUACCAAAGAAAGAUUAGACGACAUACCUCAGGGAGAACAGAUCUACAGGGGAGAAAAGGUAGAAGGAUUAACC